AUGGCGAACUUUACGGGCGGCGAGAAGCUCACAGCGGCGUAUAUCAAGAAAAUCUACAAGAAGUUCCAGGCAGUAGACCAAGAUGGCUCCGGCAGGAUAGAAUACCCAGAGUACAUCAACGCGACCUAUCGUCUGGAACAUGUCACUAGAGGCAGCUCCUCUGCGCCGUAG